UGUGCGCGAAGGGAAACGUGUGGCGAGGCUGAAACACACAUGUUACUGGAGGCUAACUCGUAGAAAUUCGUAUACUGUAAAUGCUGCAAUUAACCUGACAAAUUGAUUAUUCCAAUAUUUAGGACAAACCGGAAGUCAGUCUUCAAGUGACGCUAGAAUAAUCUGGAAGAAACCAUGAAGAAGACACGUGACUCGAGUGGAGAGGAGUCGUCAGGACAACAGUCAGCUGACUACGUGGUGGGUCAGGUGUCUGGAAGUUUGUUCCAGAAGAACUCUGCAGCCUCUGGAUCAUCGCUGUCAACUUUAUUCAGCUCUGCAGCACCAGCAGCAGGUCUUCUGUUUCAGCCUGCACCCAAACCUGUUCAGAAGAGCACCGAAGCAAAGGAGCAGCAAAGGGAAACUUCAGAGGUCAAAGGUCAGUCCAGCCAGAAGAAGAAGAAGACGAAGCCGCUUAAAGACAAAUCAGAAGCCGACCAGAAGCUGGAAAACAGGGAGGUCAGUUUACAGAAUGCAGACGAGGAUGAGCGAGGGCAGGAAACAGCCGUGAAGAAGAAGAGGAAAGCACCUGAGCCAGGCGGGCAGAACGACGUUGAACAGUGGGUGAUGAAGAGACAAAGGCUGAAAGCCAGGAAGGAGGAGGAGGCGGUAAAGAGGAAGAGGACGGUGUUCGUAGGCAACCUGCCCAUCGGCUGCACCAAGAGGACCCUGCAGAGCCUCUUCAGGGAUAAAGGAGCCAUCGAGUCCAUCCGGUUUCGCUCUGUGGUCAGAGAGGAUCCCUCCAUGUCCCGUAAAGUUGCAGUUAUUCAACGCAAAGUUCAUCCCAAAAAGCAAAGCAUGAACGCCUACGUGGUGUUUAAAGAUGAGGACGGAGUUGCUAAGGCGUUGGAGAGGAACGGCAUGGAGAUAGAGAAAGACUUUCACAUCCGAGUGGACAGAGUGACUGACAGCUCAUCACACGAUCACAAGCGCUCCGUAUUUGUGGGGAAUCUUUCGUUUGAGAUAAAUGAACUGGCUUUUCGGCGACAUUUUGAGGAGUGCGGUGCAGUGGAGGCUGUACGACUGGUAAGAGACCAGAACUCUGGACUGGGGAAAGGAUUCGGCUACAUUCUGUUUGAGAGCGCCGACUCGGUGCAGCUGGCGUUGGAACUGGACGGCACCAAACUGGACGGCAGGUCCAUCCGGGUGAAGAGGUCGGUGAAGAGGGAGAAGCAGAAGAAUAAAACUGACAGCAAAGGAACCGGAGCGAGGGCCCACAGAGGCCCUAUGAAGGGUUCUAGGAAGGGUCCCAUAAAGGGCCAAGGUCGGGAGAUAGGAGGCAGUCGAGGUGGUUUCAAGUCUCAAAAGAAAUCCUUUGGAAUUCAGCAGAGGUCGACCAUCAGCUCCAGCUCCUUCAAAGGAGAGACAGUGGAUCCAAGCAAAAAGACUAAAAAGAAAGGACUGAAGAAGAAACUGAGGCCCAGCAAGACUGUACAUAUCUGAUCAACAUUUGACUCAAAUUAAAGCUUUAGAAGUGUUUGAGGACACUUUCAGUGUUCUAGCUUUUGCUGUUCUAAUCACACAUUGUUGACAACGGCAAAGGAUUGUUCCAGGCAGCAGGUUUACAUCGAUCAAUGUUCCAGAUCUUCAGGCGGUUCUGAGUUUUACUCAGGAAACCUGAUUCUGCUUCUCUGGGCAACAAAGCUGAAAGUCUCUGUGAAAAUCAGUACAUCCAGUUACAUCCCGUCUGUUAAAUCGUUGUGUUUGACUCAUCUCAUACAGCAGGUGAGCAAAAUAAAAUUAAAUA